AUGCAGAUCACCGUCACUGACGCCGACGGCCAAGUUUUCGCCCUGGAUCUCACUGGGGAGGCGGAAGUCUCUGCGUUGAAAGACAUAAUUUCGGUGGAGUUGAACAUCCCCCCAGAACACCAGCGGAUUCUGCUGGACGGCCGGCCGCUGCCGGGCUCUGCGCGCACGCUGGCCGACGCUGGCGUGGCCGAGGGAGCCAUGCUCCUUGUCUUCAACGACAGCCCAGCAGCAGCAGCAGCAGCAGCAGCAGCAGCAGCAACCGGCGCCGCUGCAGCUGCUGCUGCGCCUGCUGCUCAUGCGCAGCGCCUGCAGCAGCAGCAGCAGCAGCAGCUGGCGCCACCGCAGCGACAGCAGCAGCGAGGCGUCCUGCCCCUGGACUUCUCCAGCAUAGUUGUGGACGGCGGCCGCGUUGCCCAGUUCCCAGCGGGGGGGGGCCCGGGGCCCCCCCGCAGCCCUGCUGCGCGUUUAGCUGCCCCGGAUGUUGCUGCUCACCUGAAGCUGCUGGUGAGGCGGCGGGCCGAAGAAGCAGUUGCUGCUGCUGUUGCUGAUGCUGCUUCUUUGGCUCUAAUAAGGGCCCACAAUCCUGUUUUAGGAGAAGCCAUAAAGGCAGCAGUUGACGAGAGGCAGCAGCAGCAGCAGCAGCAGCAGCAGCAGCAGCAGCAGCAGCAAACGCAGGCGCAGCAGCAGGAAGAGCCAGGCCCAGCGUUCUCGCGGCUCAUGGAGACCCUAGAAAAGGAGUUCACAAACCAAAUCAAAGCGGAAGACGAGCGGUGGCGGCGGCUGGCGGCGAUCCAGCGGGACCCGCUGUCUGCUGAGGCUCAAAGAAUGCUUUUGGAAGAUCUGCAGCAAGAAAGAAUAAAUGAAAACUAUUCAAUGGCGCGGGAACACUUGCCGGAGGGUUUCGGGUCGGUGUGCAUGCUGUACGUACACCUGGAGAUCAACGGCGUGCGCUGCACCGCUUUCGUCGACAGCGGAGCCCAACAGUCCAUUUUAUCUCUCGCUUUUGCGGAAAAAUGCUUUUUAUCAUCUUUAAUUGACAAAAGAUUCGCAGGACUGGCUCUGGGAGUGGGCAGGGCCCCCAUUCUUGGCCGCGUUCAUCUUGCGCCUCUCAAACUCGGCAGCAAGUUCUGCCCCUGCAGCUUCAUUGUCCUCGAAGACUCCAAAAUGCAAAUGCUGCUCGGCUUGGACAUGCUCAGGAGGUACCAAAUGGUCAUUGACUUGAAGCGCAACGUCCUCGUCGUCGAGGGAGAAGAAAUUCCUUUUCUUUCCGAAGCUCAAAUUGAUAAAGGACUCUUCGGAACUAUCGAAAGCCACGAAGAAGUGGAGGCAGCAGCAGCAAAAACAGAAACAGAAAACGGGACAAAGUAG